AUGAUGGAGGUCAAAGAACCUUGCAAACCAAAAGUCAACCCAAGAGCAAGGGCUACUGCUGAGAUUGACGUGAUUCCACCUGAAGUCUUUGCCGUUCGUGGUGGCUUUCUUCGUCCGAAAGCAAAAAAUGAGAACCUGCUUCAUCGACGAAAUGUGAUUGAAACGAAGAAGGACGAAAGGCCCAUCGUGCCCCGACGAAUAGACAGUGUACUAUCUCGAAAGGCCCUUUCGUCUCAUGUUAACAAACGACGUGGGACAGUGAAUGAUGGUGUUGCUGAUACUGAAGAUAUGAAUGAAGAACACAAAACUUCAGCUAAGUUUGAGAGCGACCAUCAGAAUGAUAGUAUUCUUCCACUGAAGAAGGUCGAAGUCCCAUCUCUCCGUGCUCGGAUGACUCGAGACAUGUCGGAAAUCACUCUGAAUGCUUCCCAACAUCCCGAACAAACAGAAGACAUUGUUUUGAGCCCACUUCACAAAAACAAAGCAAAGAAAAGUGUAAUCUCGCCACAAAGAAAACUCAUUCCUUCAGUAUUAUGCCAAAUGUAUCCUGACUUUGAACCAAGCGAAAGCGGUGUCGGAGGCAGGCCAUAUGUGUCAUUCCAGGCGUCGGGUGACGAAUCAGUGUUGUCGUCACUCGACUAUGAUGGUUUUGAGGAAGACUCCUAUGGGGACCAUGCCGAUGUCAAUGUUUCUAUGAGGUCGCAGUUAUCACACCUAUCGGCAAGAACUCCUACACUGUCCCCACUUGCGGAAGAAGAGGAUUCCGAACAGGAGUCUGGUGGCGCUUUUUCAAAAAAUAAACGCCCCUCCGUUGCCUUCUUUCCGUGGCCAAAGCGUCAAAUCUCCUCAACACCAGCAGUCGCUGAGAAGACCAUGGAUGGAGCAUCGAAGAAGCCGCGAGGAACGACAUUUCGCAUGCCGACUUUCAAGAAGAUUUCCAUACGAGGAAGGUUUAGUACGAUGAAGCUACGAGAUGGUACAGUAGUAGGUAGAGCCUAG